AUGGUAUACAAGGGCGGAAAGGCUAACCGAUCACCUUCAUGUGUCUUCGUUGGCAACCUUCCAGAGAAGGUAGACAAUCGUGAUAUCCACGAUCUCUUUGACAAGUUUGGAGAAAUCAAAGAUAUUGACAUAAAACACGGCAAAACAACCAACUACACAUCUUAUGCGUUCAUCGAUUUUGCAAGCGUAAGAUCGGCCGAGGAUGCAGUAGAUUCGAGGGACGGGUACGAAUAUGAUAGGUACAAGCUGCGUGUCGAGUUCGCAGGAGAAGGGAAACCUCGCAAACACGACGACGACAGAAGGGAUCGUGACAGACACAGGACCGAUUACAGACUCGUAAUCAGCAACUUGCCACACGGAUGCCGGUGGCAGCACCUCAAGGACCACAUGAGGAAGGCAGGCCCAGUAGGAUACGUGAACAUCUCGCACGGCAAGGGCUACGUGGACUUCAUUCACAAGUCGGACAUGAAGUACGCUCUGAGGAAGAUGGACGGCUCGGAGCUCUCGACGCCGGACGACACUUCGCGCAUAAAGCUACGCAGAGACCGUAGGAGAAGCAGGUCCAGGUCGAGAGACGGACACAGGCGCAGGUCCCACUCGCGCCGCUCGAGGUCAUAUAGCCGCGACAGGUCGAGGUCGCUCCACAGGUCCAGAUCGCCACUCAGGUCCGAGGAGAGGUCGGCAGACCGCUACGAGCAGAGGUCAAGGUCUCUCGAGAGAAGGUCCAACAGGUCGCGCUCGCUCGAGAAGAGGUCGGCAGACCGCUCGAGGUCAACUGAAAGGUCCAGGUCAAGGACCAGGUCAGUGCACAGGUCCCCGGAAAAGAGGUCCAGGUCAUUCAGCGACAGGUCCAAGGCCAGCCGCUCGAGGACGUACAGCAAGAGCGCGUCUCGCGAGAAUUUGAAGUUGAAUGGCGACUUGGCCACGGAGAAGCUGAGGUACGAUCGUGACGCCGAGACGGAGACUGCCGCAGAGACGUAUAGAGAAAGUCCUCUACAAGUUUAA